AUGAAGUGGCAGGCCGCGGCAGGCCGUGGCAGGCCGUGGUUCGGUGGCUGUGUGUGUGUGUGCGUGUGUGUGUGUGUGUUCCCCCUCCGAUCAACCAGUCUCACAGCACAGGAGGGCGUCGCUGGGGUGCCGGUCUUGGCCUCUCCGCCGCGGCCUCGUCCCCGUCAGGAGCUCCCUCUCCCCGAAGCUGCCCCGCCCCGAGCAGCAGCCGGCGGGUGUGAGGGUCAGCGUGUGCCCCGCCGUGACACAAGGGACUGCCCAGAGUGGCAACCAAGAACUUCACUCGCCCACUGGAGUCCGUUCGUCACUGACUGGAGAGCGUCUGAGUCCUGUCUCCCCUUCAUCUCGAGACACCUAUACUUCUCCACACUGCCAAGACUUGCUAAUGGCCAAGGAACACUAUGCUCAACCCGGAUGGCCACUCGUCCAACACCAGGUUACGUGCCCUGCCAUGGAGCGUGAGGGAUGCAGUCGACGGCUCACUGGAGGAGGAACCCCGGGUCGUCCAGGUUGUUUGGCAUGCGUUGAGCAACCUACAGCAGCCACGAUUUAACUGUGCUUGGUGGCAGCGGACCACACACGCCUCGCCUUCUGAGUUGGGACAUCGGUGAAGGAUUCUUGUGCUGUGUAGAGUUUGUCGUCUCUGAAAAAUAAGUUUGCAUGA